GCAUGUCAUCGUCAGAAAACAAAGUGCAAGGCCACACAAAUAAGACGGCGUGAUGCGUGAGCCGUGUACAUGUAGCUAGACGUACACAGUAGUUUGUUUUGACGUUUAUCCGCAUACACACAUGUAUUUCUAUCUCUUAUCCUGCUUUAAAGUUUUCACCUGGAUCCGAUGUGAUUGGAGUAAAUCGUUCAGUAUAUCUUUCGAAUCAGUUACGGUGUAUUGUAUCAAUGUUGGUUGACUGACGUUCGUGCAUGAGAGUAUGUGGAGCACGCAAGGGGGCAAAAGUCAAGUUGAGACGUCUUUGUCCGUGAGUAAGUUUUAAGUUGAACAGCGGCUGGUACGUAGGGGGCCUGCAUACGUCAUCCUUCUGCAGAGUUCUUGGAACAGCACUCACCAGAAUGCGGAUACUACAAUGCUCCACAGCAAGCGUCAUGUUUACACAGGAAUUAUCGGGACUUCUUUGCCGAGCAUUUGUGUGGUUUGCCUGGAGUCUUCUAUUAAUUGCUCCUGAGCAAGUGGCCUCCCAGGGUAACGGCACCUCGACCCCAUCAGCGGAAUGCGGCGGAGUUUUCCGUGCCGGGUCGGGGGUCAUCUCCUCUCCCAUCCUGCCCGGCUUCCCCGUGCGAUACCCGGACAAUCUUCGCUGCGAGUGGACCGUCGUAGCGCCCAGGAGCCACCGCGUCAAACUCCACUUCUCGGCUUUGGACCUGCAGGCCAUGACCAGCAGCGUGUGCCGAGCCGAUUAUGUGGAGAUCAUUCCGGACGAUGACAGCGGGCAUUCCACUCUGUCGCCCCGAUACUGCGGGCAGCAGGACCAAUCCCUGCCACCCCCGGUGUUAUCCACGGGCAACGUGAUGCGAUUACGAUUCAUCACGGACGGGAGCCUAACCGGGGCAGGAUUCAGCGCAUUUUACGAAUCAGUUCGUAUAGACCCCCCUGAUGCACCAAUCAUUGCCUGGCUAGAACAGAAUCAAGAAGACGGGACGGCCAAACUCCAGAGCCUCCCCGCCGACCCCUUGGACUACCUCAGCUCCGGUAGCAUCCUGACCAACACCAUGCUCACGUACCGGCCGGCCAACUGGACCGCGCUGGCCGUGGACUACCACAACCGGGAUUUCUUCUGGAGCGACCCGCGGCUCAAGCUUGUCUGGCACGGUGAGCUGAGCGGGGACCAGCUGGUCGCAGAGCCCCUCCACCGCGGCACCUCGUCCGCCGUGGGCGGCAUCGCCGUGGACUGGUUGGCAAGGACCGUCUAUUGGACGGACGCAGCCUACAACUGGAUAAUGAUGAGCAACUAUGACGGGUCUAGAGUCAGGACUGUGGUAGAAGAUGGACUGGAGAGCCCCAGCGGUAUCGCCGUGUACCCCAUCCGAGGGUGGUUGUUUUGGGCAGACACGGGCAGCAAGCCGAGGAUUGAACGGAGCGGACUGGACGGACGUGACCGCCAGGUGUUGAUCGGUGCUGACAGCGGCUUCCCGGUCGGACUGACAGUGGACUACCCCAACAACAGGUUGUUCUGGACAGCGCACGGUUUUAGCGGCACAAGUUCCAUUUUCUCUGCGUCGGUCGACGGCGAAUCGCUGACAGAGCAUAUCAGGGUUGACUACAAUCACUACGUGUUUAGUGACCUGACCAUAUUCAAGGGAUAUCUCUUUGUAACCGACUCCACCAAUCAGAUCCAUUGCUACCAGAAGAGUGCCGGGGUCUAUUCACACUAUUUCAGCUUUAAUCUCGGAGUGCGCAGGCCGUUCGGCAUUACCACUUACGCCGACAACAACUACGUCUUGGAAUCCUCUGGGUGUGACAUAAAUCCGUGCGAGUACCUGUGCGUCGGUGGAGGGGGAAACAGGCACACUUGCUUAUGUCAGCCAGGGUACCAUGCUAUUCCAGAUGGGACGUGUCUCCGUGACUCGGAUGUACUGAUACCGCCACCGAAGUUAUUUGUCGUUGCCGGAGACAGCAUCUGCAUGUACCCGGACAACCUCCCGGACGUGCCCCUAGCGAGCCCCGGGGCAAGCCCCGGUCAGUGCAUCCUGCGCCACCUGCCCGAGGCAGCGUCCCUGGCGGUGGACGUCCGCGAGGGAAGGCUGUUCUACGGCACGCUGGGCGAGGACGGCACGGUGUACAGCGUGAGGCUGCGAAGCAACGAGAACGCCGUGGCCGUUGCGGGAGGGACGGGCCGGGUCCGAGGCAUUGCCGUUGAUUGGUUGUCUAAGCUCCUGUACUGGACCGAUUCUCUCUUGAACCACAUCACCGUAGCGAGUUACGAUGGCCGACACAGAAAGAUUCUCCUGCGUGACGAUAUGGACCAACCGGGAGGCAUUGCCGUCGACCCAAACGAGAGGUUCAUAUUCUGGACUUACCUUGGCUCCGGGGCAGUGCAGGUCGAGAGAGCUGGUCUGGACGGGAGCAACCGGCUGGUGAUCCUACGUGAAGUGAUGGAACCGCGUGGUAUCACACUAGAUUACGAAACCAAGAAAUUGUACCUUGCUGAAAGAGCCACGGGCACGAUACUCGCCGUGGAUUACACGGGUAGAGGUCGGCGUAAGGUGUUUGAGAAGAGAGAUGCCAUGUUUACAGGAUUGGAGCUCUACAAGGACUAUCUGUUUUGGACGGAAUGGAGUCCCACCAACGAGCUGCAUGCCGUAAACCGAUUGACGGGAAAACACGUUCGCCAGCUCCCCCUGGACGGCGUCACAGAGUCCGCCUACGGCGUCGCCAUGUACGCCGAAAGUAGACAACCGCACGGACAAAGUUCCUGUUCAAACAGCAGUCAUGGAUGCCAGCAGUUUUGUCUCCCCGCCCCACUGCCGUCUGACUUCGUGUGCGCCUGCGCCGUCGGCUACACCUUGAGUCAGGAUGGAGCCUCCUGUACUUCUGAUCUAGUGAAGGACAACUUCAUUCUUGUGACCGACGCCUACCUCCACGGAAUCUACCAAGUUGACCUUUCGACCCCUGACCCCACGCUGCAAGCCCUCUCAUUGGUCAACGUGUCCAGCCCGCUGUCGGUGGACUACGAUCCGUUACUGGGAAUGGUCUACUGGAGUGACGUCACGGAGGGAACCAUUAGUAGGACGUUGCUGACUGGUGGUACCCAAGAAGUUAUUGUGACCUCUGACCUCGGUGAAGCCCCUUAUUCCAUAGUCGUGGACUCCAGGCUGCUCUUCUGGACAGACGUCGAAUCGAACAGCAUCAAAGUGUGUCGUCUAGACGGCGCAUACAAGAGGACGCUUGUGAACACGUCUGCGAGUCCUCGUGCUCUUGCAACUUCCCCAAAUGAUGGGCUGCUUUUCUGGACCUGGUGGGGUGGAGAUGGCGCAGGCAUCGGCAAAGCUUCCGUUGACGGGCAGGAUGUCGAGGUUUUGCUCUCGAUCGAGGAAGGCUUUCUUCACGGACUUGCCGUCGACAUCCUAGGAAGGCGUGUGUACUGGACCGACGCCCGUACCCACACGAUUGAGUCCAUGGAUCUGGACACGGGACGCGACCGGCAGACCCUACCGCUGGGCGUGGGCUCGCGACCCUUCGGCCUGGCCCUGAGCGUCGCCCACGUCUACUGGACCGACCAGGCGUCACGGAAGUUGAUGAAGGCAGAUAUGACAACGGGAUCGAACGCAGUGACCGUCGGUACGCUUGACCUGGCCCGGCCCAACGGUCUGCACAGUCGGGCGAGGAGCACGACAAGUGUCGUGAACAACGCUUGCUCUCUGAAUAAUGGCGGAUGUAGCGGGCUCUGCCUACCGACACCCGCUGGUAGAACAUGCGCAUGCGCUUCUGGCCUUACAGCAAACGAAGACGGAACCUGCCCCACAGUGGAUGAUACAGUUGAUAACAGUGAAGGGCUUGAAUUCACUAGUCGACCACGUGACGUCACACUGGUAGUGGGUAUGAAGAUCCACCAGAUAUGUAGCAGCAAUCAGCCGUCGGCUAGAGUCGACUGGAUGAAGGACUUCAUGCCGUUGCCGCUGGGUAAGACUGGUGGCAUUUACGUGUUAUCGGACGGGGCGCUGGUGAUCCUCGAUGUUGACGAGACUCACCGGGGCCUGUAUACGUGCACUGUAACGGGUACCAGCGGUGACGUCAUUGAGGCUACUGCUGAUUUCCAAUUUGACCAAGAGGACGUGUUCCUGAUGACCCCUGAAGCGGCUGUUGUUCCGGAGGGGGAGGACUACAUCCUCACCUGCACCGCCCGGCCUGCCUCCUACGCCAUCCGCUGGGAAAAGAACGGCCACCCCGUGCAGCUGACGGACAUGGUCCACGUGAUCUCAGGGGACAGCCUGUUCAUACGGGAAGCUUUGGUCUCGGACAGUGGCAAGUACACCUGCGUGGCACAGACGCUGGGCGGCGUGCGCGUGGCCGAGGUCACGGCGCAGGUCACGGUAACGUCACAACAGGUCGUUGAGGAAGUUUGUGGCAAGGUUACGUCAUUGGAGGCACUCAGUGCUGAGGAGGGGAACCGGACAUUCCGUAUAACGGGAGGCACCACGGCCAAGCGGGGCUCCUCCCCAUGGAUCGCCCGGUUUUGGUUUAACGAAGGCCGUACGCACUACUGCGGCGGUACGCUGCUGAAUCGCUACUGGGUCCUGACAGGUGCUCACUGCAUAACUGAACACUCGGUCAGCAAGGAGGAUAUACGCAUCCGGCUAGGAGACCACGACUCGUACUCGACUGAGGAGAGUGAGCAACUCAUAGGCGUACAACACAUCAAGGUGCAUGACGAGUUUGUAGACAGCGACUACGACAUCGACCUGGCGUUGGUGAAGCUAGCCAAGCCCGUCGGGCAGUUUUCGGACUACCUGCGCCCCUUGUGCCUGCCGAGCAAAGCCCUGGCGCGGCAGCUCCUCAAGGCGGGCGCCAUGGGGAAAGUGGCCGGGUGGGGCCGGCUGGUGGAAGGCGGGCCGUACCCGCGCUACCUGACCGAGGUGGACGUGCCUGUGGUUGGCCAACAGAAGUGCAUCAAGUCCACCAAGUACCUGGUCACCGACAACAUGUUCUGCGCGGGUUACAAGAAGAAGAAAGGGGACGCUUGCAGGGGAGAUAGCGGGGGCCCUUUAGCGAUGGAGCACGAGGGGAGAUGGUAUCAGCUGGGAAUCGUUAGUUGGGGUGAGGGGUGUGGUCGGCCGGGGAAGUAUGGGUUUUAUACCAGGCUUGUCAAGUUCCUUCGGUGGAUCAACCAGUACAUGCAGGAUCAUUAAUCAACGUGUACAAUUCCCUUAUCAGUUGACAAAGUAAUCUUGAGUACUGUUUCAACCACAACAAAUGUACAUAGCUUUCCUAAUACUCAAAUUAUGUGUAGAGUAAAUAGUUGUUUGAUACUUUUAAAGACCUUUGUAACAUUUAUACAAGAAUUAUUUUGCAAGUAAUAUUUUUUAGAGCGCGUGUAUUUAUAAAGCGCACGCAUAUCUGCAAGUAUUGGUACUCUAGGCGCUACAUCAUUAUUACAUAUUAACUGCUCAUUGGGACAAUGAAACAUUCCAAAGACAAUCUCAGCUCCCUGGAAAGUAUACAGCUCGAUGCUGCCAUUUCGGCGUAAAGCAGCUACAAUCCAUCACAAUACAAUAACUAUCACUGCCCUAACAGGUAUAGGCCUACCCGUUUUUCUUCUGGGUGGGGAGAAGCAAUGAGUGUCUUGCCCAAGGGCACACGCACCAUAACCCCAGGCUGGACUCGAUCUCAAAACCUGCAGAAUUACCCGCAGACCACGAAUUCGGUGCUCCAGACAACGACGCCAUGGCACUCCACAUAUGUUUUUAAUGUAUAUGUAUCCUCGAAAGUUUUAUACUAUUAAUAGAUCGUAUCAUUGUUACGAUUCAGGUGAUUAUGUUAGAGUUUACAAUUGUAUUUUAUCCAACAAUAUUAGUCAUCCAAUAAAACAGAUUGAUUGAAAAUAAACCAACCAAUAGCCACAAUAA